ACAUUACAGCCUGCAGAAAUCUUAUUUAAGGGAAAGUUUUCCUUCAGCUAGCAUGGAGAGAAAUGGAAUUUGAACCACCUGCAUAAGGAGGCAGGGGAAAAAAAUCACCCGAGAAGAUACUCCAGGACAAAGGACUGAGGAGGUCAAAAUUUUAUUUGGGGCAGAUCACACAAUAUUCACAGGCCAGAAGGGCAUGAUGGCAGACCACAAGGACUAUGGAGAAGCCCUGAAUGAACACCCGGAGGUUUUCCGAAGGUUUCCACUGUUGCCAGUCCAUGGAGUCCCCCUGAUGGAACCCAUCGCUGAACAAUGGGAUCCUAUUGAAAAUUUUGAAGCCCGGCCGGAUGACCUGCUCAUCUCCACUUACCCCAAAGCAGGUACUACAUGGAUGCAGGAAAUUGUUGAUCUAAUUUGUGCUGCGGGCGAUGCGGAAAAAGCACGACGAGCUCCCACGUACGUCCGGAUUCCGUUUCUAGAAAUCUGCUCCCCGCCUCCUUUGCCUUCAGGGGUUGAUACACUGGUAAAUGCACCGUCUCCUCGUGUUAUCAAAACACACCUCCCCUUCCAGCUUGUCCCCAAAAGCUUUUUGGAAAAGAAUUGCAAAAUCAUCUAUGUUGCUCGCAAUGCCAAGGACAACCUAGUCUCCUAUUACUUCUUUGACCGAAUGAAUUUGACACAGCCAGACCCAGGGCCAUGGGAUGGCUAUAUUAAAAAAUUCAUGGAAGGCACAGUUGCUUGGGGCUCUUGGUAUGACCAUGUCCAACGUUACUGGGAUGAGAGAGAAAACUACCGUAUCCUGUAUGUCUUCUAUGAGGACAUGAAAGAGGACCUGGCCCAUGAAGUCCGCCGUGUCAUGGAUUUCCUGGAGAUUGGCCUGCCAGAGGAGACUGUGCAGAAGAUCACCCAUCACGCCACCUUCCAAAUCAUGAAGGACAAUCCAAUGAGCAAUUACAGUACUUUUCCUGAGGCCAUUUUUGACAAGAAGAUAGGCCGUUUUAUGAGGAAAGGUGAAGUUGGUGACUGGAAGAAUUAUUUUACAGUGGCUCAAAGGGAGAUGUUUGAUGCUGAUUACCAGAGCAAGAUGGAAGGAACAACCCUGCGUUUCCGAGAUGUACUAUAGACUGAGAGAAUAAUCUUUGCUAGGAUUUUUCUGUUAAGGGGCAUCCCCCCCAGCUUUGUAUUUUUGCAGUAAUAAAAGUUAGUGUGUGUGUGAGAAACAUCUUGGAUAUAUUGGAGGGACGAUAAAAGUGGGUUUUGAGAAUAAUUAGAAUAAUAAUAAAACCUGGCAGCUAGAACACCUGAGUUCUCAAUCUCUGGAUAAGACUGGGGACCAAGAGGAGCAGCGCUAGGGUAGUCUAAAUGGAACAGGAAUAAAAGAAGAAAAAGAAGAGUGGAAGACCAUAGAUUUAUACCCCUUUAUAAGCCCUUCUCUCUGAAUCAGAGGCUCAGAGCGUCUUACAAUCUUCUUUAUCUUUUUCCUCCACAACAGAUCCAGGUUUGUAUCUUGAAAGCAGCAUGAGGUAGGUGGGGCUGAGAGAGCUCUCACAUAAACUGCCCUUUCAAGGACAACUCUGAGAGAGCUAUGCCUGACCCAAGGCCAUUCCAGCAGCUGCAAGUGGAGGAAUGGGGAAUCAAACCUGGUUCUCCCAGAUAAGAGUCUGUGUACUUAACCACUACACCAAACUGGCUCUGAAUAGCAGAAGCAUAUAAAAAAGGGUUGCUAACAUUGAAUGUUCCCCCCUAUUUUUUUUUCUGCUGAGCAGAACAGUUCACAUUUGGAGCAGAAAAUAACGGUUGUAGUCUUAAAAUGGGCAGUGCAGGACCCUGCAUGGCUCCAGAUUGCUGCUUAGUGGGGCUUUACAGGACUUUGCUCUAGUACUGUCAAGCAUUGUAUCUUUAUCCUCUAUUAUAGUAUUCAGAAUAUGGAAUUGUUACUAACCCUGAAUUAAACUGAGGCACAUCAAAGUAGCAACCCCCACCUUUCUUCUUUCACUUUUACUAACAAAUGCAGGAAUGUCCUCUUUGAAGAUAAGACCUCUUGAGACUUGUUCUCAGGCUCAGCCAGGCCUGAACCCAGGAUGUGCUAGUUGCAAUAUAGAUAAGGAACCCAGCGUGUGAAUUUCACACGUGAAUGUAGAAUUGUUUAUAGAACCUUUGAUGUGCCAUCUUAAAGCAUGUAUUCUAGUGUUACAGAGUAUCAGUUCCAAUUCCCAGCUCAAAUGAGCCACAUGGAUUAUCAAUAAACCAAACUUUGUUUCAAGAUUCAAGGACUGGUUAUUUUGAGAUCUCAUGCUUGACAAGUACCCACAUCAGCAGCUAAUGGAUAAUCCUGUUUAUCUCACCUUCUGAUUCCUGAUGUUGAAGCUGCUUUUUAAGGCACAAGAACAAACUAGACUGUUUCUACCCUUCUUUCACUCCCUCUCCCCACAAAUAGCAUUAUGGGAAAAGCAGAAGAAAGUGAAAUUGUUGUUAUGGGAAAUUGCAGGUCCAGGCUAGGGACUGUUGCAUCUCAGUGUGAUGAGCAAAUUGACAGCAGGCUCUCUUGCUGACUUCAUUGUUGAUACCUGUAGCCGAUGUAACCUUGCUGAAUAAAAUACUUUGUAACCUUACUGAAUGAAGUGCUUAGCUGCACUGUAGCCAUCUUUAAACCCUGUUACUAACCAUGAGAAAGGGCCUUGUAUAUCAAAGUAGAAAAUGCAGAUGUUACCAAUGCUUACUGUGAACCUUCAUUUCCCUUGAUACUAACAAAAGCAGAAAUUCCACUCUUUGAAGAUAAGGUGCCUCCAGGGACGGCUCUGGGCUGUCCCCGGAAGACUAGCAGUAACAAUAAGAUAAGAGAACAAAACCGUGUGAAUCUUUGCACCUCACCUCAACAAUGUUUAGAAUUGUGGCUCUGUAUGACUCCCUUUGAUGUAUCCCCAUAUAGCCAUCCUCCUAAUGCUAUAAUGUAUCAGUCUCAAUUUCCUUGUGCUCAGAUACUUAUGGAUUACAGAAUAAAGCCUAACUUUGCAACAA